AUGGCGAGCAACAGUACAGAGACGGAGACACAGACGGGGCCGAGAAGUAGCACGCUUAUUGUGGCCAUUGUUGUACCCUCGGUACUGAUCGUUCUGCUUCUGCUGUUGAUUCUGGUAGGCCUUGUCCUCCCACGGCUGGUGCGCGAAGAAGUGCUCGCCAAAGAGAAGCGGUGGAAGACGCGACAGGAAGAGCUGGACGGGCAUAUCCAAUCGCAGAAUUUUGGCGACUGGCUGGCGAGCCAAAAGGAAAGAGGUGGUGCAGGGCAGCAGACGACCGAGGCGCUGUGUGCCAUUUGUCUGGAAGAGUUUGUCGAGGAUGCGCAAGUGCGAGGGCUCCGAUGCUCGCAUGCCUUCCACACGCGCUGUCUCGACGAGUGGUUUACCAAGUACAAUGAAUACUGCCCGCUGUGCCAUGGGGCCAUCAUUCCAGGGCCUCGAAGGCUGGCGAGGACACAGGAGCGAGUCGAGUCGACAAUACCAGUCAUGCUUGUGGUGUAG